UCGCUCAGCCAUACUACCACCUUGCCCACGAUGAACCGACUGUUGAUGAUAUUUGCCCUCGGACUGAGCAUCUGUAGUGUUCAGUCCUUCUUCCUUCAUCGUAGACCUCGCCCCUGGGCACCCAACCUGCCGUUUGGACACACGACUCUGGUUCAUGACUGGGUCCAGCUAGAAUACGACUGGCCCUCUGAGGCUGAGAAACAGAGAGCAAUAGCCAGCGGCAGAUACAUCCCAGAGAACAAUGUCUUCACUGGUAUAAAAGUCUACAAGGGUCGUAUUUUCGUCACCGUGCCGAGAUGGAGGCUCGGCGUCCCGGCAACGUUGAGCGAGGUGAUUGUCAAAAAUGGCCGCCCGGUUCUUAAACCUUUCCCCAGCUGGGAGAUGCAGAAUCUGAACAACUGUGCCGCCUUCCAGUAUGUGAUGAGUAUGGAAGUGGAUCCGAAGACGGGACUGAUGUACAUGGUGGACACUGGCCGCAUCAACACGUUUGCACCCCCGGGCACUGAGACACUCAACCUCUGCCCUCACCAGAUCUUCAUCUACGACCUUGAGCGGGACUGCUUCGUCCAGAACCACACCUUUCCCGAAUCCGUGGCCCGGGCCACGAGCACUUUCCUUAACGACGUUGUCAUUGACGACCAAGGAUAUGUGUUUGUCUCCGACGCUGGGGGCAAUGGCGGACUCGUGGUGUACGAUUCCAGAAGAGACCGUUCUCAUCGUCACGAGCAUCCCUCCAUGGACGUAGACACGGACCCGGCAGCCAGAACCUUCCCAACAAACACUGGUUACAGCAACGAGACCUAUUUCUUUGACGUUCCUAUGGACGGAAUCGCUAUGUCUUCAGAUUACAACUUCCUGUACUACUGCGUGCUCACAGGCUUCGACCUGUUCCAGCUGCCCACCAGCCUGGCCCGAGAUCCAAACGCUGACAUCGGCAACGCCGUGCGAAGCGUUGGCAGGAAGUUGGGUCAGAGUGGAGGAAUCACACACGGUGAGAACAACUUGUACUAUGGUGUCCUUCCCAGAAACGCCGUGUAUUACUGGCCGAAAACUGAUGACCAGCGACGCCAAGGUAGACCUGAGCACAGCGUUAGGAUGGAAACACAACUGGAACUAGUUCAGGACACCGAAACGCUUCAGUUCCAGGACACGUUUGGCUGGGACGACAGUGGCUUCCUCUGGCUGACCACAAACCGACUUCUUACCUUCCUGGACACGGAGGGCGGUGGUCUCGACUUUACAGGAAGGCGGGGUCCUAACUACCGAAUCUACCGCUUUUACGUGGGCGAACAGUCGUAUCUAAAACGUGGAGUUCCACUCCGGGAGCCCAGAGAAUAUAAAUGUAGCUUUAGAGUGAUCCUCAGAAAAGCCAGACUGGCUUGCAAAAACGAAAGCAUCUUAAGAAACAUCCAAUGUUUCUUCAGAGCUAAGAGAGAUCCAGCUAUAGUCUACAGCUGCUAACCGUCCGUUUGUAUUAUUUUAUGUCAUUCUCGUAAAAGUGCAAAUUCUAUUUUGUGUUAUACAGACAUAUAUAUUGCACUUUUUAUAAUUGUCUAUUUCAUUGAAGUCCCACGUACAUUGUACAAAUUUAUUUAUUUAUUUGGUGUUUAACGCCGUACUCAACAAUAUUUCACUUAUACGACGGCGGCCAGCAUUAUGGAGGGAGGAAACCGGGUCGAGCCCGGGGGAAACCAACGACCAUCAACAGACUGCUGACAGACCUUCCCACGUACGGCGGGAGAGGAAGCCAGCAUAUACGUGCAUUGUAAUAAACCCAUUGUUAAUAAUAUCAGAUCUUGUUAAUGAAAUCCCAGAUGUGUCUGUUUACAUGUUUGAUCGAAAGUUAUUUGCCUGUUAGUCUCAGAAUAAAUUUUUUUAUAAAACGCA